AACACUACGAAAAAGUAAAAUCCAUAAAUGUUCACAAUGCUAUUAACUUUAUUGCUCAUCCAAUGAUGGAAAAUCGAUUCCGGAUAAAUAUAGAACCAGUCCGGUGGCCAUUUUAAAUUUAUAAUUAGCACACAACUGCUUGUUGCAGCAACAAGGAGCCAGAUGAUACUGUUAUCAUGUCUGCAGCAAGAUUUAUCAUAGUGACUAUUGUAGUGUUGUGUUGUCUGUCUGUUGUCCUCUCCAGGCCACAUGAAAAGAAGCACAAACACAAACAUAGAUGGCAGACAGAAAGAUCAUUAGUAGUGAAUGAUGAUAGUAAAAAGGACAUUGUAAUCAAUGAUGAAAUUCAUCAUCAGGAGCUUAUAUUACCAAAACAAAAUAAGCAAACAGACAGUAGUCUAAAUCUUGCAUUUGAUGUUUUAACACCUACUAGUAUUAAAAAGGUGAAGAAAUUAGUAAGUAAAAAAAGAAUAAACAAUCAUGAUGUGUUUCUUAAUCAAGAAGCAAUAUCAUUUGACUCAGAGAGUCAACCAAAUGAAGUAAAUAGUGGGAGCAAAGAUAAACUCUGGCAUAAUUUGUAUGAAAUCAAGGAACCAGAUAAUAAAAUUAUAAGCCAUGUGACAGAUGGCAAGGAACCAGUUCCUGUUGUCAAGAAAAAUAAAGAUACCAGGGGCCAAUUAGAACAGCAUUCUGGUGAAACUGGAAAUGCUGAUGGCAGUAAGGAGAUUGCAAAUGUUGAAAAAGAUAAAAGUGGGCCAGAUGAUGUUUUUGAGGAUACUGCUGAGAUAAAUGUAGAUGAAAGUAAUGAAGAUGAAGAUGAAGAUGGAAUUGAUGAUGAUUAUGAUAACUAUCAAGAUUAUAACUACUUCGAUAAGGAGGCCGACAAAGAGGAAAUUAUUGAAAAUCAAGAAAAGGAAAAUGUGCCAUUGGAAGGAAAAAUAAAACAAGAUGAUAAGAAUAAUGAUGAAAUAAGUACUAAGCUAGAAUUAGAAAGUAAAAAGUCCUGGGAAGAAUUGGUAAUGGAAAUUUAUGGUGGAGUUUUACCUUACUCAGCUUCAAUAGACAAUAUUAGAAAGCAAAUUAAUGAAAAGUCAUCAGAUUCAGCACAUAAUACUGGAAAGAAAACUAACAAGGAAAUCAGAGAAAAAUUGAAUGAAAACGACUUAGUUCUGCCUGGUGAAAUUGAAAAAGAUAUUAAUAUUGAAGACACCAAUGUUGGUAAAAAGUCUUCAGAAAAUGAGAAUUAUAUUGACUUAAGUUACAAAACAGAAAAACCAUUCCAUCCAAAUGUUGAGGAGGAAAAAGGACAAAAUAAUGGUGAAUUGCAGGAAAUAAAAACUACAUCUAAACCUCAUAGGUUGCAAACAUCAAAAAGUACAUUAAAACCUGAAGUAAUCCCUGUGUCAAAAACAACAUUUAAAGCUCAAACACCUUCAACAAUAAAACCUGAUGAAGUGGAACCUCAUUUCAAUGAACCUGAAAAAGAAAAUGAAUUGUCAGAAACACCCAAGUUAAAUCCUGCCUUUAAAACAACAAAUGUAGCAAAGACGAGUCCAAACCCACCAACAACUAAAGCUGUGUCUGUAACUGCAGCACCAAUCAAUGGUGUAAAGGAAUAUAUACAGUCCAAACCAUUGCAACUGUGUAUGGAUGAUGGAGGAUGUUCACCAGGGCGAAUGUGCCACAGUGGUGUCUGUGUUUGUGGUGAUGCCACUCUGUGUCAAGGUCACCAUCAUAAAGUGUCAGUGUGUGGCUCCGAUGGACAGUUAUACCCUAGUCAUUGUGAGUUACAUCGUCAAGCCUGCCUUAAACAGAUCCAUAUUAAAGUCAAUCGUGAUGGACAAUGUGGAGAGAACUUACAGGAACAUUUCAAGAUACAGCCUAUUUAUGAGGGUACCCAGUGUGAAUACACAGUGUUUAAGGGACAAGAAGGAAUCCUAUGGGGAGAUAUACUGAUGCCUGUUUCUGUAAAGUCUCUCCUAGAAUGCAGUGACUUAUGUGACAAGAAAUCACAGAAUAGCGGCUGCUUUGCCUUCCAGUAUUCUGCAGAGAAGAGUGGAUUAUGCUUCCUGUUUGAGAAACCAACUGACAUUAUCAGACAUCCAAACUCCGAGAUGGAUUUCUACGAACAGAGGAGGUGUCGACCCAAUCCAGAUUAUGAAUGUGAUUAUGAGCCUGUUAACUUAGUAGCAGAACAUAUCUAUGCCAUGUGUAAUGUUAAAACUAGUGUGGUAAACUCUUAUGAAGAAUGUCGAGAUUCCUGUCAGAACUGUACAGCCUUUACCUACAGAAAAGAUGAGAAGAUUUGUGACAAGCAUCACAGUAAAGCUUGUAUAGAUAUGAUGAAUGCCCUUGGAAUUGUUCACUAUAUUAAGAGAUGCAAUGUAAAAGGUGAUAUAUGCAAUGUUUUAGAAGUGAUUCCAGGAAAGUCCCCCUUCAUGUGUAGUAAAGCUACCAGUAGUGUGUCCAGUCUGAUAGAAUGUCAUGAUGCUUGUGUCCAUGGUCGCUGUGAAGCAUUCCAGUACCUUACCAAAGAUGACCAGUCUACUGCAUGUGAAAUCUUCUUUGACAAAUCCUGUAUAGAACUUCUUAAUAAAAAGAAGGAAAAUUAUUACGUGAAGAGGUGUACUAAUCCUAAAGAUUGUGACUAUCAUCAGAUCCAGUCAGCAAGAAUGAUGCCCUGUAGAGUAACGUCCAGUGACAUGGAUACUAUGGAGAAAUGUCGUGACAUGUGUAAUGUUGACAGUUGUUUCGGAUUUAGAUAUAAUUACGACAGUCUGAAGUGUGACCUGUACAGUGAUCAGUCCUGUGUUCUGGGAAAAAAUCUCAAUUAUGUCAUCAAGAAAUGUCAUUCAAAACAAGCAGAGGCUAACCUAAAAAUGGUACCAAAGUUGAAUGAGUUACCAAUUCCAAAACCAGUUAUUGUCAAUAAUGAAAAUGUAGAGAAGAAAGAGAAAACAGAUUCAAUCAAGAAAAUGCAACACAAACCAAAGACAACAACUACACCCCUACCAUCUAUUAAAGCACCAUACAAAGAUAUGCCUAAAUCAUUGGACAGUUUCAAUGAAGAUGAUUUAGUGUGCUCACAAGAGGAUUAUGUACAGUUCAAAUCAGACCUAUUAAGAUACCAUUGUGUUAGAUUCAGAGAGACACAUUGUGAUGAGAAUGUUAUACCAAAUAAAGGUUACAUAGCAUCAUUGAUGUUUAGUUACUAUGACCGUGACAUGAAUGGUGACAUCAGCAAUGAUGAAUUAUGGGAGAUGCAAGUGGCAGAGAAUUUAGAGCACAUUUCUACUAUCUGUACAUUACUAGAUAUACUCAAGUAUGAGGUCAAAGAUGGGAAACUUGAUCAUUUCAACUUCUUGAGUGCAUUCACUGUAGCAGAUGCUGUUAUAGAGGAAGACUUAGAAAUCAUUCAUGUUACAUCAACAGCUGGUAAUGGUCUGGAGAUCAAGUGUGGUGUUCCUAUGUUGGAGAACUCUGAAGUAGUAUGGAGGAGAAAUAACAUUGACCUGAAUACAAUUAGUAUUCCUGAUAUGGCUGUAUUUUCGGAUGGAACAUUAUACUUUGAGGAUGUAGGUCUACACCAUACUGGAAACUAUACAUGUUAUGAUAAAGUCAAACCAGGUGUCAAGGAGAUACAUGUCUUAAAGGUCAACUUACGUCCAAUAGUUAGAGUGUCACCUGCAAUGCAAACUUUGGAGAUGAAUUCUUUGGACCUUUUUAUUGACUGUCAUGUAGAUGGUAUUCCACAGCCCAGUAUAGCCUGGCAAAUCAACAAUGAACCAGUUCCAUAUAAACCAAAACAUUUCAUAACUACACAUAACAAUGGCACUUUAAUGAUCCAUAAUUCUGACACAGUGAGAGAUACAGGAUCCUAUAAAUGUAAAGCUACUAAUAUAGUUGGAAUUAGUGAAGCUGAGGCUACUAUAAAUAAACCAGGAACUCCAGAGAAAAAGAGGUUGGAAGCAUUCUAUGCUUUCCAUAAAAAUGGCUACACAGCUUAUGAACCUGAAGGUUGUGAAACUGUCCGUCAUGUGAAAGGUGACUUUGGGAACUUAAAGUACAUUCCUGAGGAGUUAGACAGAGCGCCAUCUAUGUGUGGAAUUGGACAAGAUUGUGUAUGGGGAGGAGCUGUCAAUGUUCAGAAUAAAUAUAUCUACGCAAGCCAGCCAGAACACAACAGAGUUAUCAUUAUAGAUAUUGCCAAUACAUAUAAUCCUGUACAGAUUGUCAAGACAGACAAGUAUCCAGUCAAACUGUACUAUGUAGCAGAUUUAGAUGAAGUAUGGAUUCUGUGUUGGAAUGCCGACCAUAACUCAGGCAGUAAAACUAUUGUAGUUAUUAGGGAUGCAAGCAAGGAUGUUAGACAUCAUAUUGUACAUACACAGCCUGUUGGAUAUAGGUUUGAUCUGGUUGAGGAUAUAUUUUUACCUCCACAGAAUGACCUUGGCCAUAAAUUUAAACAUGGUUAUGUAAUACACAGCAAACAGAGAGGAUUGUUUAAACUUGACCUUGACUCAAUGAGAUAUACCAAAGCUGUGGACUUUGAAAAGCAAGACUGCAUUCCAAAAUCGGUAGCAUUUAUUCCAAUAGGAGGCUAUAUUGUGGUAGAAUGUCACCGACAAGUACAGAUUAUAAUGGACUAUAUAACAGAUUCUGUAGUAUAUGUAUUACCUGUAAAGGGUACACCUUAUGUGUCACCAGACUCCAGGAACCUCAUCUUUGUUGAGAUGACAACAGGACAUGUGACAGUGUACAGUGUUCAGGAAAAUGGUACUAUUAAGAAAAAGUUUGAGGUGACAACAGGUUCUGCACUGAGUGAGGUAACAUUUUUCCCAUCAGACAUCAGGACAGGAUAUGACAUGUUUCUGGCAGCAGUUGGUGAGGAAUCCAUCUAUCCAGUCCGAUUAGAUAAUGGACAAGUUACAAAAAUAACAGGAAAAGAUGAAGCUCGUACAAAAAGAGUCUGGCCGUGGUCAAGAUCAGUUAGAACAAUUGUUACCGGUGAUAUGUUCAGUCAGUUUGUGGCAGCACCAUCUAAAUCUACAGUACUGUUGUUAAAUGGACGUGACAAACGGAUACAUUGUAGUUACCCAGGCCUAGACAGUCCAGAUCAGAUCGUAUAUGUCAGCACAAUUGUCUAAGGAUUGCUCUUAACACUCAGAUCAGAUUCUAGUCAUUCAAGAGAUUUUAAUAUAAAAGAGAAAAAUAUGACCAUGAAAAUGAUGGUAUCUUUUUGAAAAAGACUGCAUUUUACGAUACUGCGGAUUGGGUUUGGUUUUCUUUUGGUCACUUUUAGUGUCCUGAAAGUCUGAUUAUGUGAAGAAAAACAAUAAAUAUUGUUGUUAAGAGUGCUAAAUCAUUAUUAAAUGAUUUUCAUAAUUUAAUUAUAAUAUUCACAAUGUAAUUUUUAUUAUUAAUAAGAAUUUCUAUUUACAACAUUAUAGAUUUUUGUGAAUCACAGAUUUUAAUUGUAGAAUUAAUUAUAGCAGUUUAUUAAGAUUUUGUUAGUGAUAUUUAAAUCUAUUAAUAUUAUAUUUUACUCUAUUAAUAUUAUCACGGGUAAAUAGAAACAUAGUUUUCAUAUUAUAUAUCGUCUCAAAAUAAAAACAUUCCAUAAAGAAAAUUCCAAUUAACAUGUGAAUCAGUGUUCACAAAUCUGUCAACUCUUGUGUGUCCUAAUUUUCACAUUUUAGUGAGAAAAACUAGACAUCAUUAUUUAUUAUUCUGAAAAAUAUAAAGGUACAAAGUUGUUGAAAUAAGACAACCCAAUCUGUGUUCUUAUCUAAGACUUUCAGUCCCAAGAAACAAAUACUUAUAUUAUGUCUAAACAUAUGACCUAUGUAGAUUCUUUUGAAAAUCAUUAAAAUUACUAUUUAACACAUUAUUUAAUCUUUUUUCGAAAAAGAUUAAAUCAUUUAAAUUGUCAUUCUAGCAUUAUCAUUUACACAAGUUUAUUUUUUAUAUUUUGUUUUAUUUUAACUUUUAUAGUGCUUUUAUUUAUUUUUUGUUAUUAAUGUUUUCUACCUUUUGUGUUUUACAUUCCUAAUAUUGAAUAUUUUUUGUAAUCAUUCCUAAUUGAUUGUUGAUGUUUUUGACUACUUACAAUAUUAUAGAUUUUUUAAUGAUUUGGUAUGUAGGUCACUGCUGUCAUAUUCCAUACUUUUAAAUUCAUUUUUACCUAGAAAAGUACAGAAGUUAAUUUCGUAUGUCCAUAAUGAGACUUCUGUAUAUCUGUGUAUAUUAGUUCAUUCCAUAAACAAUUUCUUUUUUACUUUAACUACAAGCAUGCUUAACUUUAUAUACAAAAGAUUGGAAAAUAGACAGGCAAUAAUACUUAAAUGCAAGCAAGCUAGGAGACAAUAGUUUAAAACAGUUUAUGUUUAAAUUUAAUUAUAAUAAAAAUGGGCACAAAUGAAGAAGUUUGCUGUAAUUUAAAGUUUUGUGCCUUCAUUUUUGAAUUGAAACAUAGUUAUUUACUUUUCUGUUGUAAUGAUUUAAUAGGUUGUACAUGUAUCAUUUUUGAAUAUUGAUGACUUUUAGUACUAUUUUGAUUUUUUCAAUUGUUCAUUUAUAAUUGAGAUAAUAUAAAUUUUCCAUUUAAAAUCCAAAAUCCUGAUGUUAAUAUAUCAAAAAAAUAUUAAAUAUUGUGUUUGAAUUACCUCCCUUUUAACAUGCAUAUUUUAUGUCUGUUCUAGUCUCUAUUUGCCAUAUGAAAAUCUUUAAUGAUUGCAUAAAGGAAUCAAAAUUAAUUUUGAUCAAUUUAUUUAUACAUGUACCAGAAAUAAAUUGCAAGAAAUGAAAUGCAAUGGAAUGGAACAUCAUCCAAAACAAUCAAAAUUUUAGAUGGCAUGUCCUCUAUCAAUUAUAUGUUCAUUAUUUUAUAAAUUAGUAUAAUUUUAAAUAAGAUUAAUUUUUGAAACUUAUUAAAUAUUUCUAUUUAUUGAAAUUUAAAAUGUAAUGCCAUAUUCUAAUUAGUUCUCAGUUUAAUGCUUGACAAGCUUAGUUGUUGUCAAAAAUGCUUUAAAACGGACUAUAUUAAACCAUGUAUGAAGUGCGUCUGUACUUCAAUCUAAACAGUUUUUGACUGACUAUAUUGUUAUAGAUUUUGCUUUUUAUCUCACAGUAAUAUGCAAUUCUUGUUAUAUAACAGCUUUUUGUUGUUAAUUCUCUGUGAUGCUGUAUCAUAGUUCUAAACAAUGUUGUUUUCUGCUGAUUAUGUGGUGUUGCUGGGGUCAGUUAACUUUUUAGGAAUAGGUAGUGUAAAAAGUAAAUGUUGUGUUCAUAUAAUCUGUGAAUAUAUGAAAAAGGGGAAAUUUAUUUUUUACUGAGCUUUCAAAUUGUAAAAGGAGGGCAAGUUACUCAAUACUUUCAACUAGUAACUAGUAUAUUGUUUUGUAUGAUAGAAAUAAUUUUCAAAGGCGUUAUGAAAAAGGUUAUGAAACAGAUUGGCAUGAGUUUAUUACAAUUUUCUAGAUUUUUUUUCAUCUACACACAAAAAAAGUUUGGAAAGAAAACAUAUUUAAGGAUGUAUAAAAGAGCAUAUUGUAGAAGAUUUAACUUCAUUACUAGUAAGGAUAGAAAAUUAUGAAAAACAAACAAACCACAAAACUUGUUAUAUAUAAAUGUGUUGAUAUAUGAGUGAAUUUCUAUGAAACAGUGACCCAACGAUUCCAUGGCAUGAUGACUGAAAAAGACAUUUAGAGGUUGAUUCAUUUCUUUAAACUAAAUGCAACAUCACAUACUUCAGCAAAGAUAAUUCAGGAAUCUUCUACUUACUAAUUCAUAAAAAGAAUCAAUUCAAAUAUUCUGUUUUUACCUAAUACUUAGCUUUUCCCUAGAAUUUUUACGAUUUAUAACUUACCUUUUAUGAAAAUGUUUUGUAAGUUAUCAUAUUAUGUAUUUGAUUUGUUUAUAAAAAUCAUGUGUAAAAAAUCAUCAAGUCCAAUUUCUCUAGUCAGUUACCAUUACACUUGUAGGUAAUUAAAUACUUCAUUUUAUGUUGUUUAGAAUGUAUUAUGUCAACCCAUUUUCUUGCCAGUUCAUUAUAUACACACAGAAUUAUACUUAUCAAAUUCUAUUAAUUUCCAAAUUGAAUGUAAACGUAACUUGAAAGGUGUACAAUUUAAAAAAAACAAAAUAUGAAUGGUUUAACUAAUUCUUUCCCCUUUGACCAUUAUUCUUCAUAAAUAAUUAAAUUCUACCUACUUAAGACUAAAGCUAGUUACAGUAGUCUUAUUUCUAAGUGAGUUGGUUUCAAAAGGAGAUUAUAAUUUUAAUGAAUUACCUCCCUUUGACUACAUAAGAUCAAGCUUGGUCAAACAUAUACUUCUUAGAAAUAUUUUUUUUACCAGGAAGUGAUGGGAUUAAAAACUAUUUUUAAUUUGUUUUGGCAAUAUUAUAUGUCAGCCAUUCCUCAUAAUCAUUCCCGCCGCUUGUGUAAACAUUUGUGUAUAACACAGUAAUACAAUGUGUGUUAUGUUCAAACUUGUGUGUUAUUAUUUAUAAAAUAAAUUGUGGUGUUUGUGCAAA